AUGUCUCCCAUUACGCGACGUGCCGCCUCCAACCAGUCGGUCAUCUUCGACUCGCACACUACGCCGAUCGCUUCGUCGUCCAAGAGCGCGCAGCGCUCCACCAGUGCGCCGAGCUCAAAAUCGUCGCCUCUCGAUCCCCUCCGCGCAGCCAAGACUGUCGCCGGUCCCCUGCGCUCGCUGAGCGCGGAUCGCAGAAACAGAGUCGCUUUCUCGCCAAACAACCACACAAAGCUCUUCAACACCAACGAGCCUGUUGUCCCUGAAGCCCCUACAUCAAUACGGUCCUACCGCACCUCUUCCCCCGAAGCCAUCUCCUCCUCCCCUUCCUCCCACCGUGCGUCCGACGACUCGACAGACGGUGUCCGACCUAUUCUCAAGCGCCACGACCACACGAUUCGCGUGGCAAAAUCAGUCAAGGAGGGAACGUGGAACAACAGAGAGCCUGCGCGCCUGCGCGUGAUCGGCGCCAUGCCCCGCAUGGACAGCCCCUCCAUGUUCCUCUCGACCUUAGACGCCGCAGAGGACGGCAUUGCCGGCGUCCCCAUCUCCGACGACGCACCUCCAUCUGACGAUAGUGACUCGUCUGGCGAUGGACAGGCUGGUGGCCAACCUUCCAAUCGGCCAAGAGGGGCCGACAACUUUAGCGACGAGUCCGAGGAAGAAGAGCAGGAGGAGGGACUCCAUCCUUCCUACCUCGUUGAGAAUCUGCUGUCUGGCGAUGCUGACCUCCUCACUCUUGAGGAGUCGUACACGUCGCUCACGCUGCGCCUGCGCGAAAGCUUAUUCGACGUCGGCCCGCCCACGCUCGCAGUGCACACCGAGUUUGAGCAGGUUUGCAAGGAGAUUCGCGAUGAAGCCCCGGCCAUCGUCUGCGCCGUUCAGCGCGACCUGAAUCGCCUCAUGGGCAAGGUCCCCAACUCGGAGACAACCGCGUCCACCUCGCCGUUCCGUGGCCUUACCCCCGCCUACAGCUUACCACCAUCACCACAAAAGACGCCGAAGAGAGGGUACACCGAGUCCGAGGUCCUCUACCGCCGCGAGGCGGCCGGUGUUGGAUGCGCGGCGUUGAGGUUCCUCACCGUGGUGUGCAGCUCGCCUCGCCUCUUCACCCUGUUCACGGAGGCCGAUGUUCAAGCUCUCCUCGACCAGGUGCUGGUUAUCCCCAGGACGCCUAUCCUCCCAACCCCCAGCCCUAAGCGAACGUUCAGCCAGGCCAUCAUGAUCUUCUCUCAAGUGCGGCUUCCAUCAGCAUGGAUCAGGCCACUGGAGAGCAAGAUCACUCGCUCCCUGGAGAGUGCGCUCACUACGGUCGCCAUCGGCGUCUUUGCCCUCAAAGACCCAUCACCGAUCAGGAAGGAGGCGUUCAACGCCGUCAACAACUUGCUCAAGAUGUACCCUGACAUCUUCUUCCCCGCAUACACACAACUCCUCCCCGUGUGUCUGCGGACCCUCUCCAGUCCACUACCCGCGCUGAGGAAGAGCGCGUCCGCUGCGGCUGCCGCGUUCCAGACAGCCAAGCUUCGGCUUCAGGACGACGCGGACCGCCUCCUCCAAGACGACUCGUCAACACAAACUGCUUGGAACAAGACAAGAUCGGUCGUCGUCCGCAGCGAAGCAUUUGUCGCCAACUUCCUUCGCGGUGUCCUCAAGUCGCCAAGAUCAAAAUCUGCAUACGACAAAGAUGGAGAGAAGAGCACCGAGUGGUCGCCGAUCGAGGCUAUCUUCCGCCGCACUGUCGGAACGGCCGAGGAAGUGGCCUGGGCUUGCUCCACCUGGGCCAUACUGGUCAGCUUGAUUGGCAAGGAGUUCAGUUCGUCUCCUCUGGUCAAGGACAUCGGUCAUAUCAUGGACCGGUCGCUCCAGCCGUCAACAAACGCCGUCCGCCCCACCUUGGCCAGCGCCGCUUGGCAGCACGCUAUCCACGCUUACCUUCACGCCGGCUCGACGGCUUCACUGUCCGACUCUGGCCGCGUCGUGCGCUCGUACAACGCGUUCAGUGCUUCAUCUUACGAGGAUGUUGACGAACGUCUCCGAACCAUCGCUUUACCUGUCGGUGUUUCGUUAGCCCAGGCCAGUGACACCAAGCACGUCGCACGAGCUCUCACUACCCGGCCCGAUUUCCACAACGAGCAGCGAUGGAGUUGGCAGCGGUCUGAGAAGCCGCGUAAACUGGCUUGGAUGAUCACGACGGGGCUUGUGGCACCGGCACUGCUGUACGCCUACACGGUUAUCGCUCUCACCGACGAGGACCAACCCGCUCGCGAGGUCACACGCAUGUCCGGCUUGCCUUCCUCGGACGGCAUCGUUGUCGACAUCUCUCCAGAAGAGCGCCGGCUGCCUCGUUUGGAUCGCACAUUCGACCUCGUUCUCAUGCCCAUCCUCAAGCAGUUCUUCAGCAUCUGUGGCGUUGACAGGCUCAAGAACCUUGGCUGGGAAAUGCUCGAGGCUGUGACUGCUGCACCUUUGACUGGACCACUGCCCAAGCUGGAGCGCCUGCUCUCGCGUCGUUACCUCAGUGGUGAGAUCCUCCACCUUGACAAGGUGGCCCCCGAGGUCGUCGACAAGUUCGAUGCCGACUUCAUCCUCCCCUCAGAAAUUCCAGGAUGGGGAAGAUUAUGGGCGGCCAAGCGCCUCGGCAAGCUCCUCGCGCUGUUCGAAGAAGCUUUCGACGGCAUCCGUGGUGUGAACGACCUCGCAGCUGUCGAGUGGGUCACCAACGCCGACGGCCUCGUUCUGCUGCCAACGGUGCUUUCACGCAUCUGGGGCAACCUUCUCCGUGCGCUUGCCAUCACCGACAUCCCCGAGUCGGCCCCAACGCCGCUCUUCAUUGUCGGCCUCCAGGCCAUCACGCGGCAGAUCGUUAGCAUCUUCCAGCGGGAUCCUACAACGUACAUGCCUAUUUGCCUUCUCGACGCGAGCGGCAAGUCGACCCUCAAUACCGACGCUAUCCGCCUGGGUGUCACUCUCCACCUUUUCAACGUUGCAGUUGAAGUCUUGGGCGAGAAGACAUUAGGAGCGACGCUCAUCAACCAGCAAUUUAACAGAAACCCAGCUGAAGAGUCGCCUUUCGCUGCCGAAGCGCUGGGUCAGCCUACUGUUGUCGGCAAUCUUCUUGGCCCGUUAACCCGCUCCAAGCUCUCCUCAACCAUGGACCCCAAGGUCCGCCAGCUGUUCUGUCAACUUGUCAGCGCUCUCCUCAACACCGGUUCAACGCGCGACAUUGGCACCCGCCUCCUGGGUGAAGUCUCCAACUCGAUGCCGUGGAUCUUUGAGAACGACGAGCAGAUGCAGCUCGACGUGUGGCGCUUACUGGCACUCAAGUGGUCUGAGGUCAUUGACCUCCAGCCCGCUGCCACAGCCUCUGCCACCAACCACACUGGAGAGGUUCUGGUCAGUUUGCUGUCGUGCCCCUUCAGAAAUGCGGAAGCCACUUCGGUGUGGUACAACAACCCAUCGACCGAGGACCUCGAGGCGUGGCAGUCGCUCCUCAAGGUCUCGGUUCUUCGCUUCCGUGCCAAGCGUGUCGGCUCAAACUUUGGUGUUCUCGAGACUCUCUCAGCUCACCUCGACGACUUUAUUCGCGUUCAGGACGACGACUCGGAGCAGACGAAACAGCGUAAAGCCUCCACUACCACCAUCUCGUGCCUCGCCGCGGCCAUGUCGUGGAUCUCGUUUGUGCCGACGGAGCACUACCACGCUGCCCACUACAGCAUCAACGAGAACUUUGUUCCUGUCGACUUCCUGGCCUUCGUUUCAUCGGCUCUUGUGGCAGCUUUCGACAGCGCCUCGGAUACCCACUUUGCUGCCGUGGGGAAGCUCGUACAGAACAUCACGGCCCUAUUCCAGUCUCUGCCGCCCGACUCGGUCGCCGAUGUCCUCGACCCUCUGCGUCCCGGACUGGCCGUCUGGAUGACGGACGCGCCCAAGUCCGUUCAUGCAGAGCUUGGGGCCCAGCUGGACGACCUCUACAUCGCUGUCCUUUGCGCUCUUACUAUCGCUAUCGAGAACAACGACCUGCCGGCAGCUAGCGCGACGAUGAACGAGUACAUCGACAUGUACGCUCCGCGCCUGUCCCGCGGAACGAGCAGUGCCGUCCCUACUGCGUUCCAAGACUUCUGGCGUCGGUCUUUCCAGUCCGUCGAGGGGCUGGACUACUCGGAUGACGUCGCUGGCUUUGUGCGUGAUGUCCUCACCGCUCUGCCUGGCUACAUCAUGGCUGAGGGCCUGUCAUUACAAGAGUCCUCUGCCAGUUCGGACCAGUACCCCUACGCCGAGUCUGUUCCUAUCCAAGUGGCGGAACCUGAGGCCGUGGUUAUGGAAGAGGCCUCGGAGUCUGAGCCAGUCGUUGAAGACCAAGGCAACGAGGAGCCCGUUCCCCAGCCAUCUGAAGGGGCACGUCUCGGGAACACAUCUACCAACUACGACGCAGACAUCUCAGCAUCGCUUCCGCCACCCACGCAGACGCGAUCUGGUAGACUGCGCCGUAGCCAGUCUCGGAGCCAGGAGGCGCCACUCGUGGCUGACUCGUCGUCUGCAUCGUCACCUGCGGACACUACCGACGUCUUUGGUCCGACCAAAUCGAGACGCGUUAAGAAGGCGAACAAGCUAGCCAGAGCCAAGUCGUUACGUGACGCCAGGCUUCAGGAGCGCCAUGAUGCCCAGGUCGCUCUCGACAAGUCGGCACUCUCACGUUCCAAGAGCUGGGCGGCUGCUACUCGCCGCAAAUCACCCCGCCGUGCAUCGACAUCGCCACCUGUGGAAGCAGGAGACAUGACGGUCAUCCCUGAGACCGACGACGAGGCAGCGGACGACGACGAGCAGUUGGGCAAAACUCAACUGCUCCACUCUUCGCGUUCCGACGAGGAUGCUGCGCGGGGACUCUUCUCUUCUGCAAGCAGGUGGUUGCGCAAGGUGCCCAGCAUCGGCUCGUUGUUUACGCCUACCCAAGCAGAACUGAGCCAGCGUAACUCGCACACCUCUCGCAGCUUCGACCGCCUCGAACAACUCGAGGAGGACAAUGCGGAGGCCGAUACGCCACUGGCUUCUCGACCGCUUCGCCAUAAGAGCCACAAAAACCGGAAGAGCCAAGAGGUGGAUCAGCCUCAUGCCGUUCAGGAGCGUGCAGAACCGUUGGCUGAGCCGGCCGCCGUGGAGGACGAGCCUCGCUCGGCGGGCAGUUCUCGUGACUCGACCCCCGCCUCGUCGCAGGCUUCUACCCGCCGCAAACGUGCGGCCUCCAACGACGAGGGACUCAAGACAACAAAGCGGCGCCGACGGGGCGCCAAGAAGCCUGCCCGUGACUCUCGGUCCCGCAGCCGCAGUCAGAGCUUCCCUCCCGACGAGGACGACGAGCUUUUGCUUUCGCCCGAGAGCGCAGAGCGGGCGCGACGGGAGGAGCAGAGACUCAUUGCCGAGGACGACGCCCGCAUUGAAAGGCUACAGCAGCAGGCCUCACCCUUGGCGGGUAGAAGUGGUGCCGAGGAGCCCGAGGAAGUGGACGAGGAUGAGUUUGUUGAGAGCGGCGUCUUCGAUGACGCGCCGGGUGAUAAGUCGCCCAUGGCAGCCAGGACACAACCAGCGGUCUCGACCCCCGAUGCCGGGCCCUCGUCGCCGACUGCUGACGCCGUGAUUGAGCCACCCGCGUUCGCGCCGACGCCGAUCCGCCGCACGGCCGCUCAGCAGCGCGUACUUGCGAUGGUGGGGCAGGCGGCCGACGCGCACGCUGCGAUCGCCUCUCUUGACUUUGAUGGGGUUAUCGAGCUCCUGGGCAACGCCGAGCGCCUGAGAGCGCUCGCGACCGCCGCUCUGCAGGCGCAGGCCGAGCAGGCGAGGCAGGAGAGGCGGAGACGGAGGGCCAGUACUGGCCAAGAGUAA